AUGAAUAUUCUUGCUACAAAACAUGAGCAAAAAGACUUCCGAGGUUUCUGGAAACAAACAAGGAAAUUGAGUCCGAAAGCUGGUAUCCCGGUGAGCAUUGAGGGUGAGUGUGAGCCUGUGAAGAUUGCUAACCUGUUUAAGAACCAUUUCAGGGUACAAUCACUUGGACAGUUAAGUGGGGGUGCGGAUGCUGGUGUGGUGGAUCCGAGUCGACCCUCGCUAGUACCACCUCGGAUAACAGCAAAGGAAAUAGCUAUGAUAAUAAAUAAUAUGACUAAGGGUAAGUCUCCGGGUCAUGACCACCUCAGCAUUGAGCACCUUCAACACGCUGGUCCGCAUUUGCCUAGAUUGUUGGCGCUCUUAUAUACCUUCUGUAUCAGACAUUCGUAUCUGCCCAGUUCUUUAAUGAGAACGGUCGUUGUCCCGAUUUUAAAAAACAAAACAGGUGACGUAUCGGACUGUAACAACUAUCGGCCGAUCUCCCUGGCAACCAUAACUGCUAAGGUACUCGACGCAGUGCUCGAGCGGCAGGUGAGUAAUCAUCUUAAAUUAAGUGAUGCUCAGUUUGGUUUUAGACCCAUGUUAUCUACCGAGUGUGCAAUCCUGUCGCUGAAGCAUGUGGUAGGAUACUACACGGAGAGGAAUACGCCUGUUUAUGCAGUGUUUCUUGAUCUUUCGAAGGCUUUCGACCUGGUCAGAUACGACUUGUUGUGGGGUAAGUUGAGGCAGACUGGCGUACCGGGACCUUACGUGGACCUGUUCUCGCAUUGGUAUGAGCGUCAGACGAAUCAGGUAAGAUGGUCAAACACACUGUCGGAGGAGUACAGUGCGGGAGGGUUAUGUGGGACUCGCGAAUGUGCAUACCCACUAAAACCCCAAGGCGCCACCAACAAUCGCCUUAGGCGGGAUGCGGUAACAGCAGAGCCUUAUCCGCUUCCCGACAUGCGAUGCGGCAGUUGUGUCCGCCUCUCCCCGCCCAUUGUUGAUUUGUGA